CACUUUGUUUCGGAGUAUCGCCAAUCAGGGCGAAGAUGCGUACUGGAGAUGCGCGAAGAACGAAAACUGGUCUUUUCGCAGUUAUGGACAGUUAUGGACAGUUAUGGACAGUUAUGGACAUAUGGACUCUGGUAAACUGCGGUAUACAUUCUUUCUUUCGCUUUGCCCGUUACAUUUACGCUCUUAGGCUUCUGCAUUAUUAUUAGUUCUCACUCGCUCCUUUACAUCCCCCUUUUAGUCGCCUCUUACGACAGGCAGGGAAUACCGUGGCCGUAUUCUAUUCCCCCCGAGCCACAGGGGGUUAUUUUAUUAUUAUUUUUCUGCUAUAUUUGCAACCGACAAUUGACAAUCGAUAAUCGAUAAUCGAUAAUCGAUAAACAAUCGAUUGAAAAACAAAUUCAAAUUUUUGUUACCAAGUUAGACGUAAGAAAUUUUAUCCUGGCAUUAUGAUUUUGCCUAUUUUAAAACCAGAAAUUAUCAUUUUUAACCAACGAAAAAUUCACGUUUGUCGGAAGCCAGGAUUUAUCGCAUGGUUGUUACUUGGCUUGUCGACAAUUAUUUUCGCUGAAAUAUCCUGGCAGUUAACGCGUAAUCUUGUUCGCAUGAUUGUUUUGCUUUUCGGGCUGAUUAUGUUCAUUUUGGAUGGAUUUGGAGAAUGGCAGGAUUUAUUAUUAGAUAAAGAUGAGAAUAAAGCUACUAUCGUAAGAUAUAAUUGGAUAGAUAAAUUAUAUUUUACAGCAGCAUACGAUUCGUGCGUUUCAAUGAAACUUAGCGAUAUAAGAUACAUUGGAGUUACCGUCGAAAAAGGACUUUUUAUACUUGAGAAAAAUGGAAAAAUGAAAUGUUUAAGUAUGCAAGGUUUUACGAGGAACGAAUUACAAGAACUGAAAAAACGGAUUAAUUAUUUUUUGAGUUCAAAUUAAAUUGAAUAAAAU